AUGCUGCUCUUCAUAAUACUUCUUUUUCUGGUAACACUUUGAAUGAAAUCCAUGAAAUGUUACACAUUUUCAGACAAGUUUCGUCGGAUUCUCACUGAACGUGUCUGUCCUUUUGAGAUUUGAGAAGAGAAGCCGACCGCUGAGCGGCUUCUACAAACUGUGUCUCUUCAAAACGUUUCCCAACAUUAUCAUCAGUUCACUUAUUGCAUUUUGGGCCGUUCCGUUGUCGUUUUUACAACUUGAAAUAUCCGAUAUUCCGACGGUCCAAAACCUAAUGUUCUCUCAACUUGUCGGCGGGUUUUCCUAUACUCUUGGUGAGAAAAAAAUGAUCAAAAGUGUUGAAAAGAGCGAAAGUUGACGAAUGUUUUAGGUCCUCUUCUUCAAAUCUGCAUGGCUCUCAAUCGACUUGUGCUCAUUUAUUUCCCGUUUUCGUACAAAAAACUCGACCGGCUCAAAAUUACUAAUCUAUCGAUUAUUGCGUGUGUUAUACUUGCGAAUGGGCCCGUUCUAGCUUCGGUCAAAUUUAAGUUAAUUCGUUAAACGUUGUAUCUCGGCUGCCAGUAAAGAUAUCAAAAAGUGGUCAACUGAGAAAAUGUACACAAUUUUGUGAUGAACAAUUUGUCAGUUGACAACUUGUUGAUAUCUCUAUUGGCUACUGAGAUAUAGCGUACUUAAUAUCACAUCACUCUUCUGCCUUCAUUAAUUCGAUUCCAGCCAACUGCUACCUAAUCUACAAUCCGCAAUCUUUGGUUCUACUUCCACAACGAAAACAAUGCGCUCACUCGCAGAACCUAUUCAUUUUUCUGCUCAUAUUGACACUUUCACUGACUGCCAAUAUUGUAAACGUGAUUAUUGCGAUCAGGUUACUCACUAACAAGGUUAUUGUUCGCUUCGUCAAUCGUUUGAAUAUAUAUCCGGAUAAAUUAUCAGGAUUAUGGGCUCAGCAACGCGCAAAUAAUCAGAAGACGACGAAAGUGUGUGUCGAUGUUCGUGCAGACUGCGAUUCAGGACAUUCUGCAACUCGUCGACAUCACCAAUUACAACUUUAUCUCGAAAAUAAUCGACGAGCCGUGGUGGGAGUUCACCUUCUGCAGCCUUUCCUUUUCGGCUGUCUAUGCGUUGGACGGGUGAGCCGGUUGUUUUCGAAUCGGACGAUACAUUUUGUACACAAUUUUAGAGCCGUCAUGCUCUACUUUCACAAAUGCUCAAACGAGGCCCGAAAUCAAGAGCAAAACGUGCGAGUUUCGGAAAGUUCUGGAACUGUGCGCAAGGUGCAAUUUCGGAAUUUUGUAAUGUGA